AUGUAUUCCAAGGAGAGCCCAUGCGCCUGCGUAUUACACGUGUACGCCAUCAUGGACUUCUUCGACGUCUCGUCUAUGUUCGAAGAUGUGCGGCGGAUGAAUAAAAGACAGGUAAAAUACGCCUUUAAACACGUUUUCAAUGUUCUAUCUAUGAAGCGUAAUGCCUCUUGUACUAAUACGCUGAAUUUAAAUUCACAGCUCUUUUACCAGGGCCUAAACUUUGCGAUGAUCGUUUCAUCUGCGCUUAUGAUAUGGAAAGGACUUAUGGUUGUGACCGGUAGCGAAAGCCCUAUAGUGGUAGUAUUGAGGUAAAAGCAUCCACUAAUAUCCUUAAAAUUGAAGUCAUAAAUGAGGGGACUUUUCAAAGUUAACUUUUGUCACAUCUGCUGAUAGUUUGAUUUUUGUUUAUUUUUUUUGUAGCGGCAGCAUGGAACCCGCGUUUCAACGAGGCGACCUAUUGUUUCUGACCAAUUACAAAGAAGACCCGAUCCGUGUUGGUGAAAUAGUCGUGUUUAAAGUUGAAGGCAGAGAAAUCCCGAUAGUUCAUCGAGUAUUGAAAAUACACGAAAAGUAAGAGUUGAACAUUAUUAGUUUUGUUUGUCUCUAGGACAAUAUUAAUUGUCUUAUUAAACCACUUCAGUCAGUAGUUUAAUACUGAUCACUCAGACUUGUCCUCUGCCUGGAAUGCCCUGCACCCUUGGGUAAAAUUAGGGAAAGGCAAAAAAAGGAUGCAACUAAGGCCAUGUCCACACAGAUCCGGACAUCUUUGAAACCCCAUAUAUUAUAUAUAAAACUGCUCUGGAGAGCGGUCUCAAAAUAAUGUGGUUUCGGUGAGUGGAUUCACUGGAUUUGUCUGGACAGAGAGCUAAUUCAUGUAAAAAAAAUAUAUGGUUUCAAAUAUACCUACAAUCGGGGACAAAACUGUUGAGACAUAGGGUAACUUCAGAGAACGAAAAAUUCCACACCCCUCCCCUGUCCCCUCCAUUCAAAGUUGGGAUGUUUGUUGUUUUCUAUAGGUAGCUCAAACAGGGGCACGACAUUGCAUGGAGGGGACGGGGGAGGAAAAGCUAUAUUUACCUCUUUUGAAGUCAGUAAAACAUAAAAAAAGCCCAGUUUAGGGCUAAGUGUCUUAACUCAUUUUGUCGCCGAUUGUAGAUUCAUGUGGACAUAGUAUAAGUUGCCCAGCCAAGAAAGUGAAAUUUCUGCACAGCGCUAUAUGUUGUUAUUAGAGCGGUUUUCACUUGACUGUCGUAAAACCAAAACCAAAGUAAAUACACUAGCCAACCAAAGGGCGUAGUAAAACCAAAACCAAAACCAAAACCAAUCCCUUUCGACAGUCAAGUGAAAACCGCNGCUAUAUGUUGUUAUUAGAGCGGUUUUCACUUGACUGUCGUAAAACCAAAACCAAAGUAAAUACACUAGCCAACCAAAGGGCGUAGUAAAACCAAAACCAAAACCAAAACCAAUCCCUUUCGACAGUCAAGUGAAAACCGCUCUAUGCAUGCAACACUCUCAUAGUAUUUUCAUAAACAAACAGGGAAUGUGUUUUAAGUUUUGUUCACACUGUACAAACCAGAUAGCUCUUACCUCUGGCACAAAAAACAUACUGGAUUGGGCUUCUGUUCACAUUCAAGAAUGGUAAUCUCAGAGCAAUUUCUGUAAUGGAGGGAAGUUGCGCCAUGCAGAUCUCCUAAGUGGAGAGUCACAUACUGAAUAGGUGUUCAUACUAUAUUGGGUAGCUUUUCAUGUCAGCACGAAAAGCCAUCCAAUAUCGUGUGAACUUCACUUUGGAGUGUGAAUCCGAAACUGCAUAGUAAUUAGGCAGGGGGCUGUAAGGAAGUUAUCUGCUCAUGCAUAUGGACAACCUAACUACCAGCAGUCCUCUUUUGUUGAGAUGUUUCUUCAUGAUCAUUUUACACAAAGCCGAUUGGGGCGAGUUUCAAGACCAACACCUUUUUAACCUGGAAGAGCCAUAGUAAUCGCUGUUAUAAUUUUUAAAACUAUAAAUAAGGAAUUAAUUACCUAGCCUGUGUAGCUAGCUAUUUUUUUUGGUGUGUUUUUUAUUUUGUGAAACGGAAAAUGAUGGGGGAGGGUGUGAGGGAAGAAGGCAUUGUUUUCUGUUCCUACCUCAGUUCAGCUUUGAGGUGGCUGUAUCUCUUAUAAAUGGAAGCCAUUCCAGCACUGAAUGAGACAAUUUAUUCUGGUUUCAUUUGCAUAAAAUAUGGUAUUUUCUUAUCAAAGACUGUGCUUUUGCCUCCAUUUUGAAAAAAAACCCUGCAAAUUGGAAUAGCCUCCAUGGCAGGCGUUUAAAGGGGAAGGGGGAAUUUGGCAAGCAGGGCACACGAGGGAGAAAGGAAAGGAACACCUGCAAGGAGACCAUUGUUUUCUCCAUUUUUCAUGCUCAGAUUCGGAGUGUGAAAAAUAAUAGUGAUUGGUCAGAAUUAAUUAAAUGUCAAUCUUCGACGUAAUACCUUUUUUCGAUUGGUUGAAAACAACAUCAUGCCAUUUGAGUAACUAAACAUUUGUCGUCAGUGAAACGUGAUGAGAUUUCUCUACGGGAAUUCAUCGUUAGAAGGCAUCAAUUUCAGCUUGAAAGGAGAAUAGAAAAAAGCAGUUAAAGAACAGUAUGAAGGAAAAGGUCUGUCAGCAGAUGAGUUUUACUGACUGGUCUUGAAAAGUAUCAUCUCCCAACUGCUUGUCGGUUUUACUUGCCAAAGAAACAAAGAAAAAAUCAUGCUGCCUGUGUUCUUGUUAUCUGCUGUUUGACCCACGUUAUCAACCGUAAGAUUUUUGAAGACGAAGUGAUCUAUAACCCUUGGUGAUUUUUGGUUGAGGUCUUCUUCUUGCUGGUCAUAAAACUGCAGGAACAUACUUUAAUUAUAAUUAACUGCUGCCUUCCUGCAGGCUCUUCUUUCCCCGCUACCAUCUUUCUUUUGUGUGCUCCGCUGGAUCCAAUUCAUCCUGAUAGAAAUUCAAAGAGUGACAGCAAAGUGUUUUAAUUUUUCUUAGACAAACAUUGCAUUGAAAGUUGCGAAGAGCCGCUACAUUUUUUAUUAAAUAGUUUUCCAGCGUGAUUCCUUCAGCAACAACUUGAAUGGAUUUAUGCUGAAUUUUAUGUAACUCGGCACGCGUUGUUUCAACUUUCAAGGAAGAUUCCUUCAAUGGAUGACCACAUUUGAACUUUUUUUAUAGUACCUUCACUAAAGAUUUCUUGUUUUAGGAAAACAAAAGAAAAACAGUGUGAGAGAUACGACUAGAAUGACUAGAAUACAUGCAUUGCAGCCAGACUUAUUUGAGAGCUGGUCAUUCACAGUGGCGUUAUUUUUGUUAAUUAGUAGGUGGAAUGGCGAAAACAAUGGCUUGCUUGCAGGCGUUCCCUUUCUCCCUCCUCUCUCGCGCACGGUCUCGUGCCCUAAUUCCCUUCCCUUUCGAACGCCUGCCGCGCAGGCUAAACUUGGAAAUGAGCAGUUAACAAAGACAUUGAAGUAUUAAAUGUUAGCGUAGCAGUCUCUCUCCCAUUUUCAUUUUUAAUCAUGUUUGUUUGAUUAUUUUGUAGAGAAAAUGGAGAUAUCAAGUUUUUAACAAAAGGUGACAACAACUCUGUAGAUGAUCGUGGUCUUUAUGCUCCUGGACAACUGUGGCUACAAAGAAAAGAUGUUGUAGGUAGAGCUAGAGGGUAAGUACCCUGCAGUUACAUACAAUGUGCAUUAAGUAUUGUAGUCAUUUUUAUUAGCAACCAUUUUAGCAAUGAAAAAUACACAUAGCACACACCUCCAACCACCUUUUUCAGGACACUUUAUUGUGAGCUAUUUUUCUGUGGAUACAUUUUAUAUAAGAGUGGACAGGAGUACUUGCAACAAAAAGCAGAAUGAUCUAAAUGUAUUGGCUCAGGUGGUCGGUUACAAGGUGUUAGAUACCCCCAAAAAGUGGUCACAGUUGAUUAGGAGAGGUGCUCAUUUACAAGCGGUUCCAACUACAGUAAUUAUUGUAGGAAUUUUGGUGAUUGGGAUAGGUUGUUGGAAAUAGCUAAGCAAAGUCUUAUCAGUUAAGCUGGGCACUGUAAUAAUUUUUUCCUGGUGAUAUAAAAUAUUUUUCUCCUUUUGGCAGUUUUGUCCCCUAUAUUGGCAUGGUUACAAUUAUUAUGAAUGACUACCCAAAAUUUAAGGUGAGUAAACUUGAAUAUCUGUGAGGGAAAGAAUGUUUUUUUUUGUCUUUGUCUUAGUCACAAGUCUCUUAUUUCAUGAGUCAAGCUGAUAUUUCAUUGUCAGUAACAAUGUUACUCAUUGAAACCCUGUUCGUUGUGUAACAAAGAUUGGGAACAUAUGCAGUGUCUUUGUUGAUUAAUUGUUAUGUAAACCCCUCGCAAUCUCUAUUCAGGGGACACCUCUAUUCAAGAGACAUUUGCUUCAGUCCCGAGGGUGUCCCCUGAACAGAGGUCCCACUGUACCAAAACACUCAGUGUUUGUUUGCAUUUGUAUUUUGAAAACACGUAGCUCACAUGGCCAUUCUGAGCACCCUGUUUGGUAAUGUGACUUUCCUUCCCUUUUGAGAGGCAAUAAUACCGUUUUGCAGUUUAAAAAUGCUCUUAAAUUGCCAGGAUGUAAUAUUUUUUUGAAGCAACUCCACCUCUGCUCACAUUAUCAUCAAUAAAGAUUAUCAUCAAUAAAGAGUGAUCUCCAUCUUUUCCAAUUGAUUUGCCAGGCUGGAAAGUUCCUUCCUUAACCAUUCAUGAUCAUUUCUCAUUUCAACUAUUGUUAUUGCCUUUCUAAAAAUAAGGGAAAGUCACAUGACAAAACAGGGCGCUCUAAAUGGUUAUGUGAGCGGUUCAAAAAUUCAAAUCCAACCAACAAUUGCUUUUUCACAGUGCUUAGCAUUUAGUGAUUUAGGUAGCGGCGUAAUCUGGUAUCAGGUGGUGCUGAUAGUUGGUGGAAUCCUCCAGCUUGUAUCAAAUUAAUCACAGUUUUUCAUCUGUUAAGGGAGUGCUUAAAGCAUCCAUUUAAUAAGCAGAUCUCAUCAUAGCAUCAUAUCAUUUUAAUUUAGGUUAUUAUCACUCUUACUUCUUUCAAUGAACUUUUAGUACAACUUAAUAUAAUAAAAAAGGGAACAUGGUCUUCAAAGUAGAAUGAGCAACCAAUUCAUUCUACUGCAAAGACCAUUUUCACUUUCAUAUCUUUAUUUGCAGUUCAAAAUGUGAUUCAUUACAUAUGUUUCAAUUAAUAUAAUAAUAAUAUACCGUAAAAUUCCAAAAAUAAGCCUCGGGGCUUAUAUUUUUGAAAGGCCCUUUUUCGGAGGUGCUUAUCUACGAGGGAAAUUUGCGUCUCAAAAUCAACUGGGCUAGCCUUAUAGUUGGACAUAAAUUUACCAUUGUUUUACUUUGUAUUUGAGGGCAAUUUUCCAAUUUCAAGCUCCAGGGUGCUUAUAUUUGGAGGGGUGAUUUAACGGAGGGUUUUUUACCUUGCGAGUUUGGGGGGCUUAUAUUUGGAGGGGCUUAUACAUGGAGGGGCUUGUUUUCGGAAUUUUACGGAAAUUAACCCAAUUUUGGAGUGUUUCUGGGUGUUACGGAAACCAUUGUUGGUUUGCUUUUGUGUUGUAGUGUGGGUUUUGUUCAUUGUCUAUUCAAUCUUUUGUUACGUCAUUUGGUGAUUGGACCAAUCUGCAACACCAAGAAACUACCUAAUUAUGGUUGUCUUUUAUUUCUUUUCAGUAUUUUGUUUUAGCUGCACUGGGGCUGUUUGUUCUUAUACACAGGGAAUGACAGACACUUAAGAGCUAAAAUAUUAAGGUGGCUGAACACAGUUUUGGUAGUUUGUGAGUAUAUCUCAUUGGCCAAAUCAUGGCAUGAGAAAGGUUGCAGCUCAUAAGCUGAAACUUGGCAAGUGAAAAAUAUGCUGAUGAAAGAUUUUGAUUGACAGGCCAAUUGUGAUGUUUUCAUAGUUUCCAUGGGAACAUGAACGAUUGAAUACAACCUUAAAAUUUCACUUUUGCUCAGUUUUCAUAAAACUCGCUCAUUAGAUUUUCCUAUAAACUUGCACACAGCUUACUAUGAUUAAUCAUUACCACUUGAAACUUAUUGGACCAAAUUUUAACAGACAGGUUUUUAGAUAAUCAAUGAUAUAAUUGUACUUUAAUUAUUAAAUGUGUCACAAAAUUCGUCUGUUCAACUUCCAUUUUAAAGUUCUCAUUAUUUAACAUACGAUAAAAGUAAAAAUUCUGCCAAAUAUCACAAAAUUUUAAUGAGUAGAUUUUGAGAAAUCGUCUUCUGUGUACCAUUGCUUUUUUCGCCAUGUUUGUUUGUCUAAUUUAAAACACGCACCGUCACGCGAGUUACCGCUGACCGCCCGCAAAACUAUGUUCAGCCACCUUAACCAGGAUGCAAACACCCACCACCAGACUGGCUACUGACUAACAUUUACACAUCUUAAAAAGAACAGAAGUAACAGUGUUGUUAUAGGAACCAGUUGAAAGUAUCUCAUUCUUAUGAACUUGACUGUUUCAAAAGUCUCUUAGGAUUCAAAAUGUUUUUUCUUUGAUUCAUUUCAUUAGCAACAAGAUUUUUUUGAAAGGUCAAGUGGCUAAUUUGUACAUGUUUUCGAGUAAAUAUAGCAGUUUUUCAAGAUUCAAGCAUAGAGAAGUUUUAUCUUUGACCAGUCUCUUAAUAGUCUUUCUUGACUUAGUGGAAAAUACCCCCAUGUCCCUUCUUAAAUCCUUACUCCUUAUAAAGAGAAAAUAAAUUAAAAGAAGCUUGUGGACAGCCUACGUGCAGUUGUCAUGUUUACUGUAAAUCAACAGUGAUAGAGUUUGCCAGAAAUAAACUCAGCUUUGAAUAGGUGAUUUUCAUGUUGACGUCAUUUUACUACCACGACCAGAGUCCUUUUUCUUUCUCCUUUCGUAUUCAAAUUUGUUAAUCCUAGCGAGAUUUAAAUAGCCCUAAUUUGCACAAUAAGGCAAAACCUUGAAGGAUUCAGAUCGUGGUAGUGAAAUGACGUCAUCGUGCAAAUGGCCUCUUAAUAUCGUUGAACACGCGGGAACGAUUAACGCAAAGCGUUAAGGAGCGAAUUGCUUGUGCGGUUCUCACCCAUCCCUCGAUACAAUAAAAACCUGCAUAUAAGAAUCUAGUGAUUUAAGAACCUACAGGCUGAAAUUUGACAUUUAAAUACCCUGGCAAAGAAAAAUAGGAUCGUACACGAAAAAAUCACUCCAAGUUUAAUGGUCAAAAUUCUGGGUUUUAAUUGUGCCCGGAAACUUCCAACAAAAAGUUAUAUGUAUAUGUUUUCUUUGAUUUACAUUAGUUUGGAUUUUCAUUAGAAAUAUAGACGAAUUAAAAAUCUAAAAUAUCUACGUCUUUCUUCCAAUGGUUACACUUCGACAACCUCUGAAAAAUAAGAACCUAUUAAGAACCUAAUCAACCUGAAUUGUGAAAAACCACCCUAAAAUAUAAGAACCUGUUCAGCGUGACCUAAAAAAUUAUAGGUUCUUAUAUGCGUGUUUUUACUGUUAUUGGACACAUACUUGGAUACAGUCGGUUCGGGAGUAACGGUAAGACUGAAGUGUUUUCAAACACAGGCGGAAGAGCAAGAAAAGGACAAACAAAAGUGACUCAAACGGUGCUGUUCACCGAUUGGGCACAAUAAUACAAAGGAUUUUUUUGUGCCCAAUCACGAGCCGAUAUUUAUCGAAACAUUUGGAAAUUGUCUGAUGAGACUCGCUACCGAAGGCCUUUUCUAUCAGUGCUUGAAACUUUCAUCGAGCUGUUUCUCACGACCCGACUGACGACCCUGGGCUUUUGAGGAUGUAACUCGCCGACCUCUCACUUUUUCAUUUAAAAAUGGAGAGGUUAUAUGGGUGAUACGAAUCAGCAGUGGCCUUACGGCCGCUCGUGUCGCGAGGAAUUAGGUGAACAGGAGCAUCAGUAAAACCCAAACCUCUUCCCAUAUUUUACAUGCUGUGAUCUACGUCGGGAAUAAGGAGCAAAAACAGAAACAGAGAAACGGCGAAAUAUAUUUUGGAAUGAAUAUAGUAAUGUAGAGAAAGAAUGUUAAGCAUUUGACAGAAAAAUCCGUUUGGGGUGUCCAAAGCAAAUUAAAAAUUACCAUAAUAGGUACUUUCUUUUUAUAAGAGUUAAAUACAAAGAAGAGGCGAAUUUGUGAGGCGGAAGUCUGGAACCAAUGGCAAUUGGUGAAUGAUAUGAAAGGACUGCACUGGGCUAGUCUCCGUGGCCCAGGCUACAAGCAGGUGGUACCUGGACUCCAAGAUGGUAAUGUGCCGCCCUCCUUUCCCGAUCGCGUGAGUCCUAUCGGUCCCCCACCCUGCUUUCCCUACUAUCUCUUAAGAGCCUGGCACAGGCUAGACUGCGACACAGUCCUAUUUUUGCGUAUUCAAGUACGCGCGAACAGUCAAACCUCAAUCGGGAGAGAGGCUGAAAACGGAGAGCGAGACUGGGACUUAACGCUACGCCAAACCGAUUUUCAGAAAAAAAACUACAGUUUUGCAGUCUCAGAGCACAGGCAAGGCCCGGUUCAGACGCCGAACUUUUCAUGAGCCGAACCUAAUACCUUGAAUUGAGUACAUGAAAAGUUCGGCGUCAGUAUCGAUUAAAAACGUCUGUUUCAGUUUGGAACGGCUCAGCCGUUCUUUUCCCCUAGCCCGACCGGGAAUUUCACCUUUAGAGCGAGUUUGGAACGGCUUUGAUUCAGACGCCGAACUUUUUAUGCACAGAACCAAACGCAUGAAUUAUUAUAACGUAUUUUGUAAGCAGUUUGACCGAGAUGAGCAUUUUUCGCCUUUUGGACUUAGUUCAGUUGCAAUUAAGAUCGGCGUCUGAAUCAAUUCAGCCGGUCUAAAUAAUUUGGGUCGGCCUUAAUUCGAAUUAGGUACAGCUCAUGAAAAGUUCGGCGUCUGAACCGGCCCUAAAGUCUACACCAAAACGUAGUGCUCAAUUUCCGAUUGAAAUUUCCGAAAAAUAACCUUACCAUUCACCAUCCUUCCUUCCGGAAUUUUCAAAAUUUUCUGCUUAAUAGUAAUCACUUAAUCUCAGUGUCAAAAUCUUUUUCUGUCGAGAGUUCAAGGUGUCUAUAAGUCUAUAAGCCGCUACUAAGGCUUCAUCUUUCCGAGAAUGGUGUUAACUGUGUUAACUGCCGAGGUAACAUGAAUGAAAAAAAGAAAAAAGAUACAGAAGUAGAAACAGAGGGUGCGAAAAGGAAACAGCUGUCGUUGGCCCGUAUUGGUAUUCAAAAUGAAAAAGGAAUCAACGGAAGUGGUAAAAGAAACAAAAGGGAAUGAACUGAAAGGCAAAUGGGAAUCCCAUUUGGUUUGAAGUCCAUAUAUGGUAUUCCUAGCCAUAAAAGGAGCCUUGCUUUCUUGUGCAUGUUCCGGGAAGCGUGGUACCCGCGAGGUGUUGAGUAAUUUUCUUCGAUUUUCUGUUGUUUUCUUUCCUUUUAAAUAGUUAAAAAAGCGUAUAGGAAUUCAAGAACUAUAGUCGCAGCAUAGCUCAUUAGUCCUGAAGGUUGCGAGGGGCGAAAACGUCGAAAAUUCUUCAUCACAAACGUGGCGUGUUCUGCCAGGUCAUUAUUGAAGUCCGACAAAUGGAAACCACAACGAGUGAUCUAAGCGGCGAACCAAGCGAAGGAAGGUAAGCUGUUUAAGUUUAUUUUCCAGAUGUUGAGUAAAUAUAUAAGAAGAGCCGACAGUGUAAUUUCUGUCGUUGAUACUGAUUACAUCGUCGGAAAUUCACUCAAUGAAGUUUUCAAAUCAAGUUUAUCGGAUUACGUUCUGGGCUUACUGUAUCGUACACGAAUACCCGCGUAGACACGGUGAAAUUUAUAGACUCAUUAUUAUUUCAUGAUUGGCUCAUAAUCUGACCGCACAAAUCUUAUGGAAGCUUUAAAAUUACCAAUUCCAAAGGGAUGCAUUGGAUGUGAUGCUGUAGCCCUUCGAAGGAUAUUUAAUAUUUCUUUAGUCUGUUACAAGUCAAUGAGCUUAUAUCGAGGUUACCCUCGAUACUAUUGUUAGCUGUUCGUGGUUUGAUAAAAACGUGUAUCGGAAUUUGUUCCGCAGGCUCUUUGAAAGAUUUUUUUAUUUUUAUUUCAUUGUUUUUUUUGUUUUUGUUUUUUGGGGGCUGUGUGCUUAUUGAUAUGUACUUAUGUAUAUCUGUAUAUAUUUAUGUGUCCCUGACAAAUCAAAUAUCUCCUUUUAGAAGUGAAAGAUGUGCCUUUUUCUAGAGAUCACUGCAAAAGUUAUUUCUAUUCUUGAGAGUAGUGAGAAAAAAUGGUCACAAAAUGGGAGUUACCCUUUAACUACCGCAUUAAUGAUAAUUAUAUUAAGACAUUAGAAGUUACAAAUUGCCAGUCAAUGGGUCUGGAAAGAGACGGCUGGAUGUGUGAGUAGCCUAUCAUGUCUGUCACUUAAAUUCAAAAUUUAAUGGAUGCGUCAUUACGAAACAUUGGAAAUGGCAAAUGUCAUUAAAUACCGAACACAUUGUGUGCUUUGCCUCGUCGAUGCUUUGGUAUUUGCCAUAAAAAUCAGCAGAACAGGUAUUGAUUGUAUUUACAUUGAUCUUGCAUUACUGAUGGAAUUGACAGUCAUCUCUUUCACGUCAGCUGUCAAUAACCAUUGCUGCAGACUGGAAAGUAUUCCAGUUUUCAAAAGCAUACCUCCCAUCUGCCAGCUUCUCUUAGCUAAUACUUUUCUUUGUAAAUAUUUUGGGUUUUUAGGCUUAAAAUGCUCCAAAACAUGACUGCACACCACAUCAAACAACACCUUUGCAUCUGCCGUUUGAAAUCUGCUCCAGGAAAAUAUAUCUAUGCUGCCUGCUUGAUUUGUGCAGGCAACGAUCUGAUUAGUGUUAAUUGACAAUAGCAAGCCCAUGCGUCCAGCCAUCUGUUCAGGGGAGCGUCAACAUGGGCUCAUUUCCCGAACAGCAGCUGGUAAUUGAGAAUAAAAUUUAAUAAAAGCUUCCAUUUGAGUCAAAGCAGACAACCCCAUUAUAAAAGCAGGUGUGUCUCUCAGGUGAUGCUUUUCUAGCUGAUUCUUAACUUUGAUGUACUAAUGAGAUGUGGAAAGCUAAAAUUUACAUUUCUUUACAGAUCAUCAGUUCAGGAAAAAUCCUCAGGUAAUAAAACAUGA